AGCUGGGGGAGUGAGCGACUCUUUAAAAGGCCAACGUGGUCAGAUCAGGCCGCCUCCCUGCAAGUAAGGGGGCGGAGUCAUCGUCGUCAGCCAAGUUCCGGUAACCAUUACAGACCCAUUAUUACGCCCCUAUGCAACGUCCGGUUGGGUGAAUAUGCCCCUUUGCGCCCCAAUUGACCGUACGGUAAAUUACUCCAAGCACCGUGGUUCCCAGUAACUUUACACAGUAAGCAUGCUUGAGAGGGAGGGACUGCGAAGGGAGAACCCCAAGUGUGUUUCCCCCUGCCACAAUAGUGGAAAGCCCCCUUCUGGCCCCAUCUACACACCUUCCGUCUCAAAACCCUCUCUACCUGCGACAAGUCUCGUUCUCAAGGUGGAACCCCCCUCCCCGAGUCUAAGAAUGGCGCCACGGUGGAUCUAAUUCCACGAAUUCACUUUGUCUGUCACCCAAUGAACUACGCCACUCACGCUCUUUGCCCCCUGGAGACUCUUCAACCCAGCCCUGGAUGCCACACUCAAAAGGAGUGCACAAUAAGAGAGUCCAGACGCGUUCACACAUGAAUGGUAAUGAUAACAUCAAUGAAAAAAACAAAGCCUUACCGAUCGGAAACAGUUUGUUACUAUUGGAACUGUAUAUUCAGUAAGAUUAUACACACACAAAAAAAAAAAAAAGAGAGAAA